CUGAUAUAAUAUACUUAAUGGAGAAACAACCUGAAGGUAAGAACGGGCCCCACUGAAUAAUACCCUAUAAACAUACUGAUACCUCAACCUACAUUGCUGUAUAAAGCUUCCUAGCUCGUCUCGCUUUGGGAUGAGCCAUGUCAGGGGUGGAAAUUACACAAGUUAUUAACCUGAAAUAAAACCGAUCCUAAUUUUCACAAAGUUUUACAUGUGUAACUCUAGGUUAGCAUAAUUUAUGUGUAUGAAUCCCUGGGUCUCUCACAGAGAAUACAUCAGCAUGACUGUUUGCCAUAUAGGACAAAUUAGAAAUAUUUUUAAAUGGAGUUUUAGAAUACUCGAUUAUAAAGCCCAGAAUUUACUCACUAAUGAAUCAAAUAUAUGGCUAUAAGUAAUUGUGUUAUUCUAAAACAAACUAGGACCUUAUUCGCCUGUGUCUGUGCUACUCAUAGUGUACUUUUGAGCAUCAGACUUUUAGUAAGCAACAAAUUGUAUGAUCUGAAAGUAUGAGAUGCUCCUCUAUCCUAUUAUUCUUAUCAUAAUUUGUAAAACCUUGACACUAAAUCGGUCCUUCCAGGGUGGACUUUCUAGUCCAUAUAGGUCAUACUAUAAAUGCAAAAAUUACCCCUAAGGUAUUUUAAACCGAACUGAAUAGAUUUAAAUGCAACAAUUAAGUGCACUUCAAAAGGACAAACAAGCAAACUCUACUUAUUACACUCCUGGGUGGAAAAUUCCAUCCAGGAUGACCCAACCGAGUAUUGGCAAAUCAACCCUUUUUAACCUGAAAGAAUAAUUUGAUUAUUUAAUACAUAUCAGGAUCACCUUUUUGCUGACUUAUAAAGGCUCAUGGAGCUGAAGUUUCAGAUUUCCUCCAUCUAUAAUUCCUAAAUGAUCUUAGCGGAUAUUAAUACAUUAAAACUUUCCCUAUUAGCACGAAAAGGUAUAAAAUUUGGUGACAAGAAAGCAGUGAUUAGGAAACGAACAAAAUAAGGUUUCAUUAUGGCUGAUUAACCUACCCAUUUCACCUGCUUAAUAGAGAAACACCAAGUGAGGACCCUUAGUUCUCAAAAUUAGAAUUUCCGAUGGUCUUUUUGCAUUUCUAGUAAUCCCAGUUAUUAUAGGAAAUAUUCUUAAUGAAUUUGAUAUCGACGAUGACUUACUUGAGGAGCACUGAGAAGUCAGAAAAAUACCCAACUUUGAGAGCAGCUUUAAUUUCAAAGAUAAUAAAGGAACUCCUCUACAGCCUUAUUGUAGAAGAUCACAGCUUUCAUCUCGGAAAGAAGCAUAUCGAAAAAUCAGCAUCAGCCACAAAGGCAAGCGGACAGGAAGGUCUUGGUGCCAAAAGGAGAGCCAAAAUGAGCAUUUAGAGUCUCCUAUGAAACAAACUAACUCCCUCAUCGAGGAGAAUAAGUUUAUGGUUGCUAAAAAGAUGGUUAGGCCUCAAAACAAGACUCUUGUAGAGCCCGUUACAAUGAAAAAUUGUCAGGAGAACAUUAGUAUAAGCCAAAAAUUACGAGAUCUUGAAUUGAAGCCAGGGAUGACAAAUUUAGACUCUGGGUUUGCAGCCCAGCAAUUUUCCAGGAAGAUGAGGACUAUAACUAAUAUCGCCAAAAAUAAAACCUGUGCUCGUAAUUUUGUCAACCAGGACUUAUUCGAAGUGAUUGGGGAAGAAAGCUUAAAGUCAAAUAUUAAUAAAAUAAAAGUCUCUAGGCGCAGAAAGUCAAUCUGCAGGUCUAAAGAGGUCAGAACAAGGAGUAUUGUGAAGAAGAGGAGGACCAAGAUGGCCACCAAGGCUUCUCGGAACACCUGCUCAACGAGGCAUAAGACUAUGACCAAGGCAUCAGUGCUAGACUUGACUAUCCUCAAGGCUGAUAUAAGCUAUCUAGAGGAAGGAAGGCUACAGUUGAGGGAGAUUCCAUCACCUUCAUAUGAGCCUAAAUGUGGCAGGCAUAUACUCCACCACCCCAAAGAGGAGGAGGCAAAUUUUGGAUUCCCCGACACACAGGAGGUACAGAGACCCUCCAUGCCAGAAGUUAUUGAAUAUUCUCUCGAUGAGGCUUGUAAUAGGUCUCCAAAGGUAUCCACUCCAUCUUUCCAGAAGCGAUAAACGGUUU